ACAUCUCAAAAUCUUCAAAGCCCUAGAGUGUCUUCGUCUCUACGACGGCAAAUUCGUGGAAGCGGUUUCAACGAUUCCGGCGUCGCUCGACGCUUGUUAUUCCGACGACUAGGUCUUCGAGGCGGUGUCUGAUUAACUUCCGGCGAUAAUGGCAAACAGAACAGAUCCGUUGGCCAAAAAUAUCAGAGGUACGAAUCCGCAGAAUCUGGUAGAGAAGAUUGUGAGAACGAAGAUUUACCAGCACACCUUUUGGAAGGAGCAAUGCUUUGGUCUUACGGCGGAGACGUUGGUUGACAAAGCUAUGGAGCUCGACCAUCUUGGUGGUACCUUUGGUGGUAGCCGCAAGCCUACUCCAUUCCUUUGCCUCAUAUUGAAGAUGCUACAAAUCCAGCCUGAGAAGGAAAUUGUCGUGGAGUUCAUAAAAAACGAUGAUUACAAAUAUGUUCGUAUUCUCGGUGCUUUCUAUCUCCGUCUCACUGGGACUGAUGUUGAUGUCUAUCGCUACCUCGAACCUCUCUACAAUGACUACCGGAAAGUGAGACAGAAGUUAGCUGAUGGGAGGUUUUCGUUGACACAUGUGGACGAAGUCAUUGAGGAACUUUUAACCAAGGAUUAUUCUUGUGAUAUUGCAAUGCCACGCUUGAAGAAGAGGUGGACGCUUGAACAGAAUGGUCUUUUAGAGCCAAGGAAAAGCGUUUUGGAAGACGACUUUGAAGAAGAAGAAGAAAAGGAGGAGAAUGAAGGGAUUGCAGAUGGAUCUGAAGAUGAGAAGAAUCAUCAACGUAAGAGUCCUGAAAGAGAAAGAGAAAGAGACAGAGACAGGAGACGCGACAGUCAUAGGCACAGGGAUCGUGAUUAUGACAGAGACUAUGAUAUGGAUCGAGAUCAUGACAGAGACUAUGAAAGAGAACGUGGGCGUGGACGAGACCGGGAUAGGGAGAGAGACAGAGAUCACUAUAGAGAGCGAGAUAGGGACAGGGAACAAGGCAGAGAUAGAGAACGAGACAGAAGAGACAGGGCAAGGCGCAGAAGUAGAAGCAGGAGUAGGGAUCGUAAGAGACAUGAAACUGAUGAUGUGCGGGAUCGGGAAGAACCGAAGAAAAAGAAGGAAAAGAAGGAGAAGAUGAGGGAAGAUGGAACUGAUCAUCCAGAUCCUGAAAUUGCAGAAGCAAAUAGACUGAGAGCGUCACUGGGACUGAAACCCUUGAGGCCUUAGAGUUGAGAGUAAGCAGCAGGAGACUGGUGAACUGUGAAAUGAGGACAUCCUAUCAAACCAACCGGUUACCACACUGUGAUCCUACUCGGUUUAGUUAUGGUUUUCGAGUUAUCUGAUCCCUCGUUAAUGUAGAACAAAAUGGAGAAUCUUUAAUGGCAUUGUACUGUAUGUUCUAAACCGGAAACGAUUAGUGCCCAAGAAAUUCUGAUUGUAAACCGGUUAUUGAUGAUAUUAGUUGUUGUUAAAUGUAAUUCACAUCAUAAAAAA